CAUGCGCUAGUUUAGUGGAACAACUCUUGAGAUUGUGUUCACAGCAUGCGCUCUUUGCUCACAGUAAUAGUAAAUACCCGUAUCUGUUUUCAAUACCUUUGGUGCUUGUAGCUAUAAGCGUUGAACAACACUACAUUUUACUUGACAGCCAGCUAGUUGCGGCAAGUAGACCGACUGCGCCUUUCAUUUGUUUCUUGCUCUCGAAUUUGAUUUAGUCGAAGGGCUAUGACAUUCAUUAUCAGAUCAGCUCUCGUGAAAAACAGGAGUUUAUGGCUUCCAGGUCUCAGUGCUGUAAGGGCCAUAUCCUCUCCGGGGGGCCCCACUCCUCCUUUUACCACCCUGUCUGUCAGUCAACCUGCCACUGCUGUCACUCACAUAGAGCUGCACCGGCCAGAGAAACGCAAUGCCAUGAACAAAGCCUUCUGGAGAGAAAUGGUGGAGUGCUUUACACAGAUAGCUGAGGACCCGGAUUGCCGGGUGGUUGUCGUCUCCGGUGCAGGAGACGUCUUCACAGCUGGCAUUGACUUGAUGGACAUGGCCAGUGAAGUCUUGCAGCCUGAAGGGGACGACAUGGCCAGGACUUCCUGGAACAUGCGACGCAUCAUCGCCAAGUACCAGGAAACCUUCAGCGUCAUUGAAAGGUGUCCAAAGCCAGUGGUUGUGGCAGUGCAGGGAGCUUGUGUUGGAGGAGGAGUGGAUCUGAUCACAGCCUGUGAUAUCCGUCUCUGCACUCAAGAUGCCUGGUUUCAGGUGAAGGAAGUAGAUAUUGGCCUAGCAGCUGACGUUGGAACUCUGCAGCGCCUACCUAAAGUCAUUGGGAGCCGGAGCCUGGUCAAUGAGUUGGCUCUGACAGCGAGGAAGAUGUACGCCGAUGAGGCCAAGGAAAGUGGAUUAGUCAGCCGUGUAUUUCCGGACAAGGAGGCGAUGUUGGCUGGAGCUCUUGAGAUGGCAGGGGAGAUAGCAGGCCGCAGCCCUGUGGCUGUCCAGGGAACCAAGGUCAACCUGAUCUACUCCAGAGACCACAGUGUGGCAGAGGGCCUGAACUACAUGAGGUUUUUCGUGAAUGAAGCCUAUUGGGAGCGUCCUCAUGGCCCAGUGUUCCUGUUCAUCGGAGGGGAGGGCCCCAUCUCUGAGUUCAAUGUGCUGGCAGGCCACCAUGUGGACAUGGCUGAGGAGCACGGGGCCCUGCUUGUGGCCUUGGAGCAUCGUUUCUAUGGCGAGAGCAUCAACAAAGAUGGCCUGGAGACUGAGAACCUGGGAGACCUGUCCAGCCAGCAGGCUCUUGCCGACGUCGCAGAAUUCCAUCAAUACAUCAGCGAUCGCUUUGACCUCUCUGACAAGAAUACCUGGAUCAGCUUUGGAGGUUCCUAUGCUGGGGCCUUGUCUGCCUGGCUCAGGGGAAAGUUCCCUCACCUGGUCUACGGUGCUGUGGCCUCCUCUGCUCCUGUCAAAGCCAAACUGGACUUCUCCACCUUCAACAAAGUGGUGGGUCUGAGCCUUGCGGACGAGGACGUUGGAGGUUCAGAUAAGUGUGUGGGGGACGUCUGGGAGGCCUUUGCUGCCGUGGAGGCCGCCCUGUUUGCAGGAAAUGCCACUGAGGUGGGGAAGGACUUUGGGUGCUGUGAGAUCCCUGAGAAUCUGGAGGACCAGAUCGAGGUCAUGCAGAGCCUGGCCGACAUCGUCAUGGGAACCGUGGAGUACAACGAGGAGGGGGGAAUCCUGACUAUUGAGGAGAUCUGUAAAAUAAUGACCAAUGAGACAGAGACCUACGAUUCGGAGACUGAGGCAUACGACCGGCUGAUCAAGCUGGUGCAGAUCUACCGGGCCACAGGCGAGGAGCCCUGUCUGGAUGCGUCCCACAAGCAGACCAUCCAGGACCUGAGUGACACGAAUCUGGACUCUGCCUACAAUGGAGAGAGACAGUGGUACUACCAGACCUGCACUGAGUUCGGCUUCUUCCAGACGUGUGAGGACGCCAGCUGUCCCUUCUCCCGCAUGCUGACCCUGCAGGCUCAGACCGACCUGUGUCCUGAGGUGUUCAACAUCCCCCAGCACAGUCUGCCCGGACACAUCGCCUUCACCAACAAGUACUAUGGAGGAGACCACCCCGACACCGACAGGGUGCUCUAUGUCAACGGUGACAUUGACCCCUGGCAUGAGCUCAGUGUUCUGGAAGAGGACUUGGACAAGGAGGACAAAGAUAUGGCCAUCCUCAUCAAGGGCACCUCCCACUGUGCCGACAUGAAUCCCGGCGGCGCUGCAGACCGCCCCGCCCUGAAGCAGGCCCGCAAAGCCAUUGAGAGGAAAGUUGCCAAGUGGCUGAAGGAAGCUGCCUGGAAGCUUGUGGGCUGAUGGACCCAACGACAGGUUACCUGAUCAUCUGACCUUCCUGAUCACUCAGCCAAUCAAACUUUGGGCAGUGAAUCACAUGGUGCUGUGGACUGAGCCCCUCUUCAUGUUUCUCCCCAUGGGUCAGGUCCUCUAAGGUGGUGUUCUUCUGUUUUUUUUUUCUAACAUUCUUCUAGUGUUUUCCUAUUGUUUUUCCUUUGGUUUUUCCUGGUGUUUUCCUAAAAUUUUCUAGUGUUUUUCCUAUGGUUUUUCCUGGUGUUUUCCUAACAUUUUCUAGUGUUUUUCCUAUUGUUUUUCCUGGUGUUUUUCUAGUGUUUUUCCUAUGGUUUUUCCUGGUGUUUUCCUAAUGUUUUUCUAGUGUUUUUCCUAUGGUUUUUCCUGGUGUUUUCCUAAUGUUUUUCUAGUGUUUUUCCUAUUGUUUUUCCUGGUGUUUUCCUAAUGUUUUUCUAGUGUUUCUCCUAUGGUUUUUCCUGGUGUUUUCCUAAUGUUUUUCUAGUGUUUUUCCUAUUGUUUUUCCUGGUGUUUUCCUAAUGUUUUUCUAGUGUUUCUCCUAUGGUUUUUCCUGGUGUUUUCCUAUUGUUUUUCCUGGUGUUUUCCUAACGUUUUUCUAGUGUUUUUCUAACGUUCUUCUAGUUUUUACAUUUGUGGUUUUCUAACGUUUCUCUAACGUUUGUGUUUUUCCUAACGUUUUCAUAGUGUUUAUUGAACGUUUUUAUAGCGUGCUUGAAUUUACUCCAGUAUAUAAGUUAUAGAUUUAUAUUUUAAUAGACAGUUUUAGUAAUUUAGGGAAACACUUAUAAUGCUGUACACAGUAUUUAAGUUUCCUAACUACGCACUAGUAGCGUAUAGCUAACCAGAGAGUCUCAGUAUAAGACGACUUUAACAUCAUGGAGUGUUCUAAGGUUUACAGACUGUUCACACAUUUUCCUUGGUCUGGAUUCAGUGAAGUUAUCGCAGACAAGACAUCUGAAUGUGUGCUGGAUUGCUUUGUAGCUUGUGUGGAUCUUUUUAGGAGGAGUUCAUUUGAUUUAAUCCUGCAAGUUGGAAAAGUAUCAUGAAUAAAAGUUUGCUGAUAA